UCACACCCACUAGGAUGACUAUGAUUAAAAACUGGAUAAAGACAAGUAUUGUUGAAGAUGAGACCUCUGACACUGUGGAGGAAAUGUAAAAGAGUGCAGAAAUUUGGAAAACAGUUGGGCAGUUCCGCAAAAAGUUAAGCAGAGUUAACAUAUAAUCCAGCAAUUCUACUUCUAGGUUCAGCUGCCUGUACACCUCCCUGAAUCCUACAUAUUCCUCUCACUGAGUUGGCAUCUAACCAUGCAGCGGAGACCAAGAGGACUGAAUGCUGGGCUUAUGCUGCUCCUUUCUCAAAUCUUUCAUGUCGGCAUCAAUAAUAUUCCACCUGUCACUCUGGCUACUUUGGCUGUCAACAUCUGGUUCUUCCUGAGUCCUCUGAAGCCACUGUAUAGCUCCUGCCUCAGCGUGGAGAAGUGUUACCUAGAGAAAGACUGGCAGCGCUUGCUGCUCUCCCCCUUUCACCACGCGGAUGACUGGCACCUGUAUUUCAAUAUGGUGUCCAUGCUAUGGAAAGGAAUACAUCUGGAAAGAAGACUAGGAAGCCGAUGGUUUGCCUAUGUUAUCACCACGUUCUCCCUACUCACUGGCGUGGUGUACCUCUUCUUGGAAUUUGCUCUUGCAGAGUGUAUGGGUGAGCCCAGCUUCAAAAGGAGUUGUGCUGUAGGUUUCUCAGGAGUUUUGUUUGCUUUGAAAGUUCUUAACAACCAUUAUUGCCCUGGAGGCUUUGUCACCGUUUUGGGCUUUCCUGUACCCAACAAAUUUGCUUGUUGGGCAGAACUUGUGGCUAUUCACUUAAUCUCUCCAGGGACCUCCUUCGCCGGGCAUCUGGCCGGGAUCCUCGUUGGACUCAUGUACACUCACGGGCCUCUGAAGAAAAUCAUGGAAACAUGUGCAGGCAUUUUUUCCUCCAAUAAUGGCUACACAGGACAGCAAUACUACUUUAAUAAUUCAGGCUACUCUGGAUCUCAGGAUUAUUACCCAUAUGCCAGGCCACGUUACCAGGAAGACGCAUCCAGGAACUAUGAUGCCUACACAGGAGGACUGAGUGAGGAGGAACAGCUGGAGAGAGCACUGAGAGACAGCCUCUGGGACCGAGGAAACGGCAGGAGCACGCCCCCGUCCUAUGGGUUCCAGCUAACACCAGAGGAAGAAAUGAGGAGAAUGCGGCUUCACCGAUUCGAUCGCCAGUGAGGACGCCGCAUCCCGCAGACAGCAGUGGUGUCAUUGCUGCCCGUGUGGUUCCCCCCAAACCUGAUGACUAAACAGAAGCAGAGAGCGGCUAUCAUCCAGAGCGCUCAGAUCUGCCUUGCCCGUGUGGCUCCCGUGGCCCCAGGAGCCUAGAGUCCCAAGCAGGCUGGUAGCCCUGAAGCCAGCCUUGCUGGACAGCCUCCUGCCAGUGGCCUUCCCCUGGCCCUGCUUUCUCUCACACACAAGGCCAGUGCCUCCACGUAGGGACUGGUUUCCACCCUCUGUUCCCUCACUGCCCACUCCGCGGCGCCUCUGCCUUGUUUUGUUUUUGAGGACUCUGACCUUCACCGGGAGGUUUGUCUCCACCAGCUCCAGCUCCUAAGACGGGGUUUUGUUCUGCCUGGCCUGCUCCGUGUACGACUUUGCAGGAAGUGAGGAGCAGUGCCUGGUCCUCCUGGCAUGUUGCCAUGGUGACCUCCCAGGACCGGGAUGUGGCUCCCACCGCACUGUUCCCAUCUCCUUGUGCAGGAACCCCAGCUCCUUGGCCCCUGCAUCUGGGUGGUGCUGGCAGUGCACGUGGUUUGGUCUUGUAUUGCUGGCCUUACAGAGCGUCUGACCGCAAGAGCUUUAGUGAGAGCAGGUGGGGAAAGCGCUUGCUGGACAGCCGCCUGCGAGCAGCCUUCCCCUGGCCCUGCUUUCUCUCACAAACUAGGUCAGUGUCUACAUGUGGGGACCAGUUCCCACACUCCAUUCCCUCACUGUCCACUCCGUGGCAUCUCUUCUGAUAGCACUUUGAACAACUGGACAUCAGGUGCCACCAGCAUGCAGAAUAGGCCAAAGUGUUGGUGGUAUGUUCACUGAGAAAUUGCGCUUGAGGAAGCCUUUUCUCAUCAAAGUGCCUUUUCACUGGCCUCUGUAAUAGCCACUCAUCUCCUCAAGUAUCUAAGACAUGUCCUGUUGUCUGGCCAAUCAUUUAAGUGCUUCCUGGUGCUUCUGUUUUAUGAAAAGGACAGUUGAUAUCACUGACGUCUUAGUCACUGAGAUAUUUAUUUUUUAAAGAGUUGGAAGCAG